ACAAUCAUAAUUAAAACUAUCAAUUAGGAAGAUCCAAAAAUGUCGUGGCAAACUUACGUCGACGAGCAUUUGAUGUGCGACAUUGAAGGUCAUCAACUUGCAGCCUCUGCUAUCCUUGGCCACGACGGAAGCGUUUGGGCUCAGAGCGCUACCUUCCCCAAGCUGAAUCCAGAAGAUAUUACUGGUAUCAUGAAAGAUUUUGAUGAACCUGGUUUCCUUGCACCAACUGGUAUGCAUCUUGCCGGAGCAAAGUACAUGGUUAUUCAAGGAGAAGCUGGUGCAGUUAUACGAGGAAAGAAGGGAUCUGGUGGGAUUACCAUUAAGAAAACGGGACAAGCAUUGAUAUUUGGAAUCUAUGAAGAGCCAAUGACUCCUGGACAGUGUAAUCUGGUGGUUGAGCGAAUGGGAGACUAUCUUCUUGACCAGGGCAUGUAGUUUUGUUGUUCAUCUAAAGCUAACCCUUAAACCUAAAAGGGUUUGGCAUUAUUGCAGAUUCUUUUACCUUUCCUUCUAUUGUUGUCUUCGUCUUCUUCGUCGUCGAGAUGAAUAUUAUCUCGUUAAAAUAACAACCA